AUGAAAGUGACCAUGGCAAGUUACGUCGAGGAUUUGGUAAAGUGCGGGUUUCUUGAAAUGAAGCUUCCGCGGAAACAGAGAAAGCUCACACACAAGGCAAGUCUGACUUUGAUUGUGAUUUCUUAUUCUCCUUAAAGUAUCUGCUAACUGAGCUUUUUAACAAGAAGUCAAACGAGUAUUUUAAUAUAUUCUGUGCACGUAUGGGGUGAAUAAUGACUGCAUAACUAAUAGUAGUGUUUACUCUGAUUUGUGUGAGAUAUAUUCUGUUUUCUUCGCCACAUCUGAUUGAAUACUAUUUCAGUUUAAUAACCAGAACACACAGAUGAAUACUUGUCAUUAAGCAGGAGCAGGAAUUGCCAAAUUCGGCGACAUUUUCAAACCCUCAUUCGAAACCUUACUUUAGUAAACAAGUUGUUCAGCUGCUAGGAAAAGUAUUGUAAAUUCAUCGCCAUUUGAAACCUAAUAGUGCUAGUUUUUCGUUUGAUUGGUUAAGUGUACUUUUGUCUAAGCUCGAAAAUGAAACGAUUUGAAAUUCGUGCGGACAAAAAGAGGUUUCUUGAGAAUUUUUUGACAGCAAAAUUAUCAAUUUCAUUUCGUGCAUGAAUUAAAAAUCAAAUGAAAUAGCUAUGAAAUUGAUGCGUUAACGAUGUGUCUGCUGUCGUAAAGAACAAUCAGUCAAACCCCCUUAGUUUUUUCACGUUUGUGGCACAUGGAUUCGUUUUCUUCCUUCCGCCGUUUCAAAAGCGAUGAGUUUUGGCCCGUCUUUGUACACAAGUGUCAACAGAUAAAAUUAUCCAUCUAAGCUGUCACAGGUCGCCGGCCUCAACGUGGAACGAUAUCAAAACAUUCUUGGCAAGGAAAAGAAACGUUAUGUCUUUAAAGAUGGAGCAGACUAAUGCUAUUACAACGGCUAGCCGUUUGCUAUUAAAGUUGUUUUUCUUAUUGUGUCGAGAAAACCUGCAACUGACAUUAUCGUUGGAGAUGAAAUAUGCAUGUGAUUUUGAACAAUAGCUAAGAGCGAAUUACCUAUGGAACGCGUAAACACCGAAAAAGUAGAGUACACUUAACGCAUAUUGGCCUUCUGGAGUAAUCCCUGUAUUACGUACAAGAAGCACCUCUGCUUGAAUCUUAUGCACACGAAGUAAAUUGAAGCUUGCAUUGCAGCGGAAACAUAUCUUUUGUAUUGUGAUAAAAUUCAAGAAACGGGAUUCAAGUGCCUCAUUUGUUAUUUACCGUCAGCUCUAUCAUUUUUUUUUUGUCUCAAAGAAGAGCGAAAAACAUUAGAUAGUGAAAAAAGUAUUUGGUAAUUGCAUAUCAUUGUAAACAACCAUGGCUCUCCUGGUCGGUUUUUAAUGUCUAAAAAUUUGCGCAGAAGUGAAAUUGUAUUACAUGUGUAAUAUCCUUUAAUUGGUGGGGGGCAACAAAACAACUUUGAACAAACAGAACAACACUAAAUGCAAUAUUUAUAGAAAGCAUGUUAUGUGAUGGCAAUAAGUUGGUAUCAUUUAACGUCGCAUGCCUUGUUCUUUCAAACAAGACUUUAUCCUUUAGAAGAAGAGUUGUUGAUCAGUCAAAAGCUUCCAGAUUUUAAUUCUUAUUUUUUAAGGUUGAAAAUAAUAACAACCAAUAUGUCCUCUUGACAUAUUUACAUUGUCACACACUGAGGGCUGACAAGACUUAGAUGCUUAUAAACUUGGAAAUGUCAACUUGAAGAGGUUCAAAAUUCUUCGCAUAGAAAUUCACAAAAAAAUGCACCAGAAGUCAGCCGCGAAAAAAAAAGUAAAAAAAAAUUUGUACUUCAACCUUAAAUUGACAUAAUUAAUUGAAUUAAAGGUGCAGAGGAACAACAUCUUUGGUUGAAAAUUGUAUCUCUCCCAUUGGUAGUUCAGUCAAGUUGUUGUUUACUGUGGACAGGUUAUCGGCAGGUGUUAUUUUAAUGUUUUUCAUCCUACAGCUGGCAGCUAUUACAAGGUUGGCAAGCUGCCAUGCAUGCACAUGAUUAUUGCUUUGUAUGAGACCAAUCUGACAUCUGUAGUUCAAGCAGGUUGGAUUGUCUGAUAUCCCAAGAUAUUUGAUUGGUGUAAAUUUGACUCUCAGUGGAACUAAUCAGGCUCACAGAUUAUAUUAACAAUAUGGAAAAAACAGCAAAACAAUUAUUAUUGGGGAAACUGAUUAGUUUGUAAAAAGAAUUUAUGGAUCUUUCGUCUUCACGUGGCCCUAAGGGGUUUUAUAAAAUUGGUUCCCACCUACCAGCGCCAUUAGAUACGGUGUGGUAUUUUUCUCUUUUCUUUCUAUCUGUUUCUAAUCCCUUGCUGUCUUACAGCUAACUUGCCUUCAUCAGUCUGAGAGUAUGUGUGGUCUAAGGCUUCAUCUCCAGAAGUCGCUGUAAAUUAGCAGCUGGAAGCCAGAGUUUGAAGUUUAAACCUAAGGAAUUGUAGUGCAGACCUAAGCCAACUAACCAGUCGAUCCUGUGUCGUGCAGACCUAAGCCAACUAACCAGUCGAUCCUGAGUCGUGCAGACCUAAGCCAACUAAUCAGUCGAUCCUGAGUUGUGCAGACCUAAGCCAACUAACCAGUCGAUCCUGUGUCAUGCAGACCUAAGCCAACUAACCAGUCGAUCCUGUGUCGUGCAGACCUAAGCCAACUAACCAGUCGAUCCUGUGUCAUUUCUUUCUUUUUUAUUGUUCAAAACAUUUUAGAAUUUAUUAACAUCUUGAUUUUGAACACAAGCAUGAUAACCUAAGAACAGCGUUUUAGGAUAAGCAACCAGUAAAAUCUUGAGAAAUGGGUAUGAUACAAACAUUUGCAUCAUUUUAAGGUUUACUGUCUGGAUAUCGCAGAUCAAAAACAUUCUCAGCAACUGCAUAGAGGUAUGGUAAAAUCUCAAAUCAAAAGUGCAGCAGUAUAGAAAAAAAUGGAAGCGGUUAAUGUAGCAGAGACCCCUUGGGACACAAAAACUAAAAUUUAAAAAAGUGGUCUAAGUUUUUCAAGGCGUGCAAUUACAUACAUGUAGCUUGUGAAAUGCAGUUCUGCAGUUGUCCAUCUCCUUUGAAUGUCUUCACUGAGGGUAAUCCUUUCUUAUCUACCCACCCUUUUUUUUUUAAUUCUCUUUUGCCAAGUCAGGUCACGCACCUUGCUUUUUGCACAUUUCAAACAUCUGUAUGUGAUAUAAGAGGAAUGAGGAAAAGUAGAUUUCCUUUAUCUUUCAUAUCUCAAACCCUUGCAACAGAAAUGUCUUUGCCAGCAAUUUAUGAUUUUCUGCUUCAAUUUGUUAAGAUAGAUCUUGGGCAGUGUUUUGGAUUCUUAUCUUGUUAAAGCUCUCUAUUAUUCUUUGGCUAAUACAUUAAAGUGAGGUCAACUUGUUUUAAAUUCUUUGAGAUCACAUUGUUUUGAAAAGGUGAUAUAUAUUAAAGAAGUGACAUAAGAACAACUUUUAAGUGCUCCGCAAAGUUUUUUUCUGCUUUCAAGAAGUGCAAUGGAUCUUUCUACUUUAUGAGCAUCGAUGAGCUAUUUGGUGGAGGUAAGAUUUUAAAAAUCUUGAGAUUUGACAAAAUUUUCUUUUGGUAUAAUCUUAACCAGUUUGUAUUGGUCUAAGACAAUUAUCUACCUCUAUAUGGGUAAAUAUUGUUGUUAUUGUUUUCAUGCCAUCAUCUUUAUUUUUGGUAUUUGAAAGCUGGAUAACAAGAAAAUGGUAAGUCUUGGAAAAAUGAGAUGAUCUGUAAAAUUUGAUGUAUUUCUGCUUUGUUUAGAUUUGGAAAAGAAAAUGGUUUGUUCUGCGAAGGAAAUCUCCGCGGGGACAACCUCGUUUAGAGUAUUAUCUAACAGAGAAAGCAUGCUCUGAGGGUAGACAUCGUACAAGUAUUUCACUGGAAGAUUUAACAUCUGUCUCGCAUGCUCAUUCAAGGACACAUAAUCACAGUUUUUUACUCGUGGGUAUGGAAAUCAAACUUUUUCUGAGUGCGGAUACUGAAAAAGAGUCACUUGAGUGGAUUCAGCUUAUUAAAGAACUUGUACUCCCAGAACCAAAGCUGUAUCCCUCUGUUCAAGCUGGUGAUAUUUAUGGUGAGUGUUAAUACUAUUUAACCUUUGCUUUUGUGUGACUUGAAGGAGGCAAAAGAUGCCUGAAGGCUCUUGUUUCAGCUUGACUAUCUCAUGGAUGUUCUAAUCAACUGGCUUGAUAAAAAGCAUGUUGUGAAGGGACAUCAAGAAUUAUUGCAUGAGCCACCAGACUGAUUCCCUUAUCUGGGCUUGUUUGUCAAUUACAAUACAACCAUGCCCACUUGAUCUAAGCCCCUGAGAAUGGAGAAAUCUUGGCAAAGGAGUCUCUUAUAAGUUGACCCUCUUUCUGACAUGAAGUUUUGUCAGGCCAUUUUUUAUCUUUUAGUAUCUGUUUAAAGAAUUUGGCAUUUUCCAGUUAGAAGUAUUUGUAAUUUCAGAAGAAAAUGCUCACAGUAGUAGGAAUAAUUGAAAACUGGUGUGUUGGUACUUUCAAAAGAGGCAGGGGAGUAUUAUCAUUAAUUUUUUGAUGCAAUUUGAAAUGAGGGAUACUGGAAAAAAUUUAGCGGAUUUGGUUUUAGAUGUAACUUAAAAUUCUCCUACUAAAGAGGGGUAAUGGGAGGGUGCAGGACUGGCUCCAUGUGGGAAGAUUCUGGAGUUUGAAAUCACUGUAUGACCUGUUUCUGUCAGAUUUGUUCAUGAAUGCACAUGAAUACAUUGUUAAUGCUCUAAUAAGCCAAUGUCCUUCUCUAUAACUCCCAUCCUAAAUAAACCUGCUUGUAGCUUCAGAUUCUUAAAAAGCCCUUCUGUCUAGCACGUAUUCCAUCUUUCUCCUCCUUCCUCCUUGCAUUAAAAAAAGUUUGGUAAAAACUGCUAUAUAUGUACAUUCGGGGAUUGUACUGUAGGAUUUCACUCUUAAUGUUUUCUUUUAUUUGAAAAUAUUAGUCAGUUUUCAUUCAAGGUUUUGUAGAUUGCCUAACCUACUGCAUAUGCAGCUUAUUAAAGCCAAUCAACAGUUUGAGGAAAUGAGAGGUUGCCUUGGCAAUUUUGCUGUCAUUAUUAAAUUUUAAACAAGACCCCUGUAUUGAGUAUUGAAGAUCAGAGAAUUCAAUUACUACACAGCAUUUUCUGUCUGAAUUUUGACAGCUCAAGCUGCUUUUUUUUUCCUUUUUUUUUCGGUUACAUGAGAACCCUGUUAGUUUGGUUAUCCAUCCUUAAUUCCCCCUUUUUACCGGUGCUCUAAAGAGACAAUUACUGUCUGGCUUCAGUACAAAUUUGUAUGGGUACUUAUAUUUGCCCUUCUGAGGUGAACGAUUAUCGCAUUUAAGACAUCAAUGCUGACAAAAUGGAAUGCACACAAAUAGUAAUCCUUUGACAUUCAAGACCUUUCUUCAAGUGAUCUAGAUUAUUGUCUGAAUUCUUUGUGUUGAUAUCGCCGUGGAUUAAGUCUGCGAGCCAGAACCUCCUUCAAAUAUACUCGUGUGCUGUGACGACAUAUCAAAAGAGUUGAGAGAUAUUAUGAAAUAGUUUGUGGCUGGUACCACCCGGCCAAGAGAUAUGUCAGAUACCAAACUUAGAGACACAUUUACUAGAAUUUGUUACACAUUAGUUGAGUAUUGCUAUUUUCAAAGGGUUUGUUUGCCAAUUUUUUAACAUAUCUGAGGAGUACCUUGGUCGAGAGGAAACGCUGCUUGACACAAGCCAAGAAUUAUUUGUUCACAGACACUUGACUGACCUUAAUCUUUAUGUGAUUAAGAGACAUUUUCAGGAUCUAACUGAAAAUUUAUUGAAAUAAUUACCCUUUCUUUUCAGGGCUUUAUGAGGUAAAUGUAAUUCCUACAGAGGAUUCUGAUAGACUUGAACUUACAGGAAACUAUCUUAUGACAGUUCGUAAGGAAUACUUAUGCCUUCAUAGCGCAAAAACAGGAGAAAGAGUUUUAGAAUGGGAACUAGAUCAUCUUCCACGAUUUCGACUGCAAAGACUGUCACAUCUUCAAGAUUUAGACAAAGUUUUAACAUUUCAAGCGGGAAGGUAAGAAAAUAAAGUCAUUGGUUUGUUGAGAAACUUUUCUGCUGCGUCAGCGGGCAAGUUUAUAAUUAGCUAGCACUUGGUUGACGUUAAACUAGAAGUCAAGCGCUAAUUUUUGGUCGCAUCAGAAUGUUCCGACAAAAAACUAGCGCUCGAUAUGUCGGCCUUUUGAAAUCUGAUUCGCGGCUCCGUUUUGUUUUCCUUCAUGAACUUCUGUUCCAUAUUUAUUGAAGUGUUUUGAUUUUAAGAUGUAGAAUGAGCCUUGCUUUUGUCUUAUAUACGUGCACUAGCAAAGGAUUGAUUACACACUGGAAAAUAUUAGCCUGCUCGCGGGCUCUAGCUUGCGUUUCGUUUACUGGCUCGAAACCCAGAAGCCUCACAACUCAUGCCGCAGCGGUAUAAACGAGAACUUGCUCGCUGGCUCUCAUGAGCACAGUCAAGACAAAGUUCUGAUGUUAUCUUUUACACUUGCUAUGUCGGUUACUCAAAUUUUUACUGCCUCGUCAUUCCUGGUCAAUAUGCCCUCGUUUGAAGUUAGUUCACUUGCCUACCUCUUUGGCUGGUUAACCUUCAUUAGGAUAGAGGGAGUAAGUUUCUAAAGAAACUGUGGUGCUGCGUCGGUGGGAGAAUAUAAUAGGUUAAUUUAGUAUUAUCAACUGAGUUGAUAGCGUAAAUUGGCCACCGUAAAGAGUUUAAAAGCAGACGUUUCGACCAUUAGUCCUUAGUCAGAGCGUUGGAGUGACAAAGGGCUAACGCUCGAAACGUCAGCUUUUAAACUCUUUUCGAUAGCCAAUUUCCGUUAUCAAUUCAGUUGAUAAUCCUAUAUUACCCUUCAUUAGUAUAUGCCACUUAGGUGAAUAAUUCUUUUCGCGAGAGCUGAUUGGCUAGUUCGGACGUGAUAAGCAAGCAUUAUCCACCUCAAAGCAGCGGAAGAAACAAACCGCGAGUCAAGAGUUUAAUUUCCUACCAUUUAUUGGCAUAAUGUCAGAAAUAAACUAAUUUUUUGGUUUCUUGUGUAGUAAAUACUAAAACAAUUGUUCACCUCAGUAUCGGUGAAAGUGGUGGAUAUCUACCCCACUUCGGUGAAUAAUUGUGAAUUAUUUUGUCAAAUGACAUUAUUAAAUGAGACUCCCGUCGGUGCUUUUUUUUUGUUUGUUUGUUUUUCAAAGAACGAAUCCAGUUGAUGAAAUCCACAAUUCAAGUCAUUUCCCAUCGCGAUCUAGCUCUGCCUUUGGUCUUCAUUCGACUUGUGUCCAGUUUCUUAUAGCCCUCAUUAACAGUGCUUCGACGGGGGCAUGAGCUUUUCUACGCCCGCGGGAAAGUACGAGGCCUUGAGUAAAUCUGCAAGGGGUCUGGCACUGAGAAUGUUAGACCCCCGAAAAACCUCUCCCCAACCCUUCUCGAAUCUUCUCGCAGGCGAAGAAAUGCGAAUCCUACGGCGCCUCCUCGCAUGCUGUUGUAAUCCACGUCCUGCGCGAGAUUUGAGAUUGCAUUUAAUAGGACACGCAGCAAAGUGCGAAAUCCGCAACUAAAUCGACUGUGGGCAAAUCAAUCCAUAUCAAAGGGCAGCCCGUCUCUUGGGCAAAAUGACCGAAUACCUUAACCUGCUACUAGAAAGAUAUAUCGGUAACUUGAUCUAUAAGAGCGCUUCUCACAGUUAUCUUAUUCAACAGAUUGACUAGCUUUUCUUGUGAUCUGUUUUUAGGGGCUGUAAAACAGGCGAGGGACAUUUUCAAUUCCUGACCCAACGAGGGCGAGAAAUUUUGGACUGUGUGAAACUGCAAACUCAAAAGCUUGCCAAUAUGCGGCAACCUCUUCCCCACGAAAGACACAGAAGACCUUCAAUAGACUCUGUUCCCUGCACAAGAUCGUCUGAAAAUGAGACUGUGGAUAGUCUGACGAGCAACUCAUUUUCUUGAUAGUUAUUUCAUUGGAGCAUUUCAGCCAACUUUCGAUGUGAUGAUAUCGUUUGCGCUCCUCGCGUUCUCAAGAAAUCGACAGAUUUUGAGCACUGUUUGUUGCCUUUGUUUUCCUAAGGUGGACAGCGAAAUGUACCAAACCGAAAUAUUCAACGCACCCUCCGAGCUUGAAAGGCUCUUGUGGACAAUCGACAAAAGGACUGAGAACUAUUAUCGCCGAGAGGGGUAGGAGGAUUUUGGUUGUGUCACAAUGAAAUUUACCUGAUUCCCCCCUUAAGGCUCUGUAGUAUUCGAAUGAUUUCCCCCCCUCCCCUUCCCCCCCCCCCACUGGCAGUCAACUUUCUAUAGCAUUCCCUCCCUUUUUAUACUCUGUUAAGAACGACUGUCUUU